AGCUAAUCGGGACUGGCGGGGGGUGGACCUCCCUGCUGACCCCGCCUCUCCGGCGCUGGGCAAUUUAGAGCCGCGCGCCGGGCGGGAAUGUAAGAUGGCGGAGUAGCAACGCGAAGUGGAUAAUACUGAGUCUCUGGGCCGACCUCGGUUCAGGUCUCGGCAGCAGCAGUGAUCGCUGAGCGAGGAGUGCCUAGGGUAGUUGGCCAAGAUGCCGAAUAUCAAAAUCUUCAGCGGCAGCUCCCACCAAGACUUGUCCCAGAAAAUUGCCGACCGCUUGGGCCUGGAGCUAGGCAAGGUGGUGACUAAGAAAUUCAGCAACCAGGAGACCUGUGUGGAAAUUGGCGAAAGUGUGCGUGGAGAGGAUGUCUAUAUUGUUCAGAGUGGCUGUGGUGAAAUCAACGACAAUCUGAUGGAGCUUUUGAUCAUGAUCAAUGCCUGCAAGAUUGCUUCAGCCAGCCGGGUUACCGCAGUCAUCCCAUGCUUCCCUUAUGCCCGGCAGGAUAAGAAGGAUAAAAGCCGGGCUCCAAUCUCAGCCAAGCUUGUUGCAAAUAUGCUCUCUGUAGCAGGUGCGGAUCAUAUUAUCACCAUGGACCUGCAUGCUUCUCAAAUUCAGGGCUUUUUUGAUAUCCCCGUGGACAAUUUGUAUGCAGAGCCAGCUGUCCUGAAGUGGAUAAGGGAGAACAUCUCAGAGUGGAGGAACUGCACUAUUGUCUCACCCGAUGCUGGUGGAGCUAAGAGAGUGACCUCCAUCGCAGACCGGUUGAAUGUGGACUUUGCCUUGAUUCACAAAGAACGGAAGAAGGCCAAUGAAGUAGACCGCAUGGUGCUGGUGGGAGAUGUGAAAGAUCGGGUGGCCAUCCUAGUGGAUGACAUGGCUGACACUUGUGGCACAAUUUGCCAUGCGGCUGACAAACUUCUCUCAGCUGGAGCCACCCGAGUUUAUGCUAUCCUGACUCAUGGCAUCUUUUCUGGUCCGGCCAUUUCUCGCAUUAACAAUGCAUGCUUUGAAGCAGUAGUAGUCACCAAUACCAUACCUCAGGAGGAUAAGAUGAGGCAUUGCUCCAAAAUACAGGUGAUCGACAUCUCCAUGAUUCUUGCAGAAGCCAUCAGGAGAACUCACAAUGGGGAAUCGGUUUCCUACCUAUUCAGCCAUGUCCCUUUAUAAUAGAAUAAUUUCUGAGGCUUUUUAAAAAUAAAGUGAACCCCGCCCCUUGUUUUCCCUUGGUAUUUGAUGAAAAGUUCAGCAGAAGACCCAGCUUGCUCCAGUGUAGCUUUCUACAUCCCACACCAGGUAUAAUAGUGUUUCUCCUAAAAUUUAGGGCAAGACAGAUUGAGAUUAACUGCUGGGAUUUCCUGCCUACAUUGUCUCAUUCUGGCUUCUUUGAUUUUGUGAGCCUUGCAGCUUUAACUACAGCUCAGCUGCUGCAGGAUUUCAGCCUUUGAAGGGUGUUGUGUAGGGGUGUUGGAAUGUGAUUGGGGAAGCUCAGACUCCUUUGCAUGUGAAUGCUUCAGGGUUUCCUUGGUUCAGAACUACUACCAACAAAGCCAACCCAAUCCCCCCACCCCCAACCUGUGACAAGUUCUCUAAGGUCUAUGCUAAAUGACAGCAAGAGCCCUCGCAGCCAUGACCCCGGCUGUGGUUGCUGAGCCCCCUGUCAGGCGGGGACAGGCAGCUCUUAGCCCUGCUGCACUCAGGCGGGCGGGGCCUGAGGGGAGGCAGCAUUCGGUGCAGCAAAUGCUUCCUGGGAGGAAAAAGCCUGAUCCAUCACCCUCUGCUUGGGGACUGUAGUGCUUGGAUUCUCCUUCGUACCUGUUCCUUUCCAUUUGGCUUGAUCUUCAGCCAUCUUGACCUUUUCCUGGCCAAAUAUCUUCUUGGGCCCAACUGAUCAUUGUACCUUAGUGUUCUGGAAAGCAAACUCGCUUCUUGCUCUGUAUUCUCUAACAUUUACACGAGAUUAUUUUGCUGUAGCUUAAUCUUCCCUAGCCCACUACCACCGUGGUAGUAGGCUUUAGGUGGUGUUAUAGUGCCUUUUGAUUAAUUUAAGUAUUUGAUUUUCAUCUUCCUUCCUUGGAUCUAUUUGGCCUCUCAAAUGACCUGAGAUUUCUGUUAAAAAAAUUGAUGUUACUGUCUCUUGUAGAGGAAAAUAAUAAAAUGUUUGUCUGCGUG